AAGUUUGAACUUUGUGACUUUGAAUGACAUACAUCCAACUUCUACUCUUCCCAUAUUUUAGAGACGCGACGCGCGAUUCGAGCUUCCAACCUGGAAGGCAAAUACUCCACUAAUGGUAUUAAUUCGACGAUGAUAAGCCCGCCAAAAUGGACGGGGAUUGGGACGAGGUUGCGCGCAUACCGUUCCCGCCACCAGGUCUGCGGGCAAUGCCAACGCCUGUCACGGUUCUAGCAUUCGAUACAAGUCAAGAACUUCUAUGGACUGGCAAUGAAUACGGCCGGGUAUGUUCGUUUUACGGCACGAAGCUACAGCCGUAUACCUCCUUCAAGGCCCACACCUCCCAAGAUGGCCCGGUCCGACAGAUAUUAUUUAAUGAUAAGGGUGUUAUAGCCCUCGGGUCCCGUGUGGUACAUAUGGCGUUGAGAAGAGGACCGCCUCUAUGGUCGCUUAGGCACGACGAUAUGCAAGAACUGCGGUGUAUGAGCUUCACGUCAAAGGGCACCGCCGAAAUCCUGGUUGCUGGCGAACAAGACAAGAUGCUCGUUAUUGACACCAAUAAGGGUGAAGUUACUAAGCAGAUUCCGACUGACCAUAAGUACACAAUCAUGAGAAGGAGUCGAUACAUAUGCGCCGCAACCCCUACUGGCGCCGUUCAUAUUAUUGACUCUCUUAGCUUCCAAGUCAUUAAGGUCUGGAAUGCUCACACGGCUGCUAUUAAUGAUAUGGACGCGCAACACGAUUUUAUAGUGACUUGCGGGUACUCUAUGAGGCACGGGGGCAAUUACAUGCCUGACCCGUUCGUCAACGUGUUCGAUCUGAAAAAUAUGAUUUCCAUGUCCCCUAUUCCGUUCCCAGCCGGCGCUGCUUAUGUCCGUAUGCAUCCUCGGAUGUCUACUACAAGCAUUGUCAUGUCACAAAUUGGGCAAAUGCAUGUAGUUGACCUAAUGAACCCUAACACUAGCAAUGUGCGUCAAGCGAAUAGUCUGUCCUACUUUUCUAUGAUAGAAAUUGCCUCUUCAGGCGAGGCUGUCGCCCUGGCGGACGGCGAUUGUUAUAUCCACCUUUGGGGAUCUCCCAAUAAGAUUCACUUCGCCGAAUUUCCUACGCCUAUUGAAACCGCUGAUUCAAGUACCGGGCCGCGGAUCGAAUUUGAUUCUCCUGAUAUACCAUUGAGCUCUGUCGGUAUGCCGUACUAUAGAGAAGUAUUGCUAUCUGCAUGGCCAAGCAAUAUGGUGACGGAGAUUGGAGCACCUCCAGUCAAAAUCGACGCGCAAUUCUUAACAACACUCCAAGAGAGAGAUUGGGGUUACUUCGGCAAGAAUACCCGACCGUUAAGGAGGAACCAAGUUGAGGAUACGCGUAGCACUGAGAACCUCCAAAGCUCUCUUAAACCACCCAAGUUCUUGAGCGAAAAAGCAAGAGAGGCGGCCAAAUCUCCAGCGGGGACACCAGCGCCCGAGGAAGUCAUCCCCGAAUUCCCCCAGGUUUUACAAGACACAAAGCUCGAAAGUCUCAAGAUCGAGGUCCCGGAGUUAUACCAAAACAUUGAAAUUAAGUAUAGCAAGUUUGGUAUUGACGAUUUCGAUUUCGGUUAUUUCAACAAGACACAGUAUUCUGGAUUGCAAAAUCAUAUUGUUAAUGCCUAUGCAAAUCCACUACUGCAGGUCAUGCAUUAUACCCCCCUCAUCCGGAACGUUGCCCUCCAGCAUGCGGCAACAGCUUGCGUUGACGAAUUAUGUCUCCUCUGCGAACUGGGAUUCCUCUUUGACAUGCUCUAUAAAGCCGAAGGAGAGGCUUGUCAGGCAUCUAACUUCACCAAGACCCUCAGCUAUCAUCCCGAAGCGGGGAAGCUGGGUCUGCUCGAGGAAGAGCCUCAUGCAUCUCGGACUGUAAUGUUGCAGCAGUUGACUAGGUUCCUCCUCCGACAGACAACCCAGAAUUAUAGCCUGAUGGUUCAGAAUUCCCAACCAUAUUCUGCAGAAACACCUCGCCCUGGGGUAUUUGAAGAGUUAUUCCAAACGACUGCAACAAGUUCCAUUCGUUGUAUGAAUUGCAGGAGUGAAACCACAAAGGCCGAUCAUACUAUGGUGAAUGAGUUGAUGUACCCGCAAAACAAAACCGGCCACAGGAACCCGAGAAUACGUGCAACUACGUUUUCCCAAGUGCUGAAGAUGAGCGUCGAAAGAGAAACUACUAAUAAGGGUUGGUGCAACAGCUGUCAUAGAUACCAGACUUUGGCAACCCGAAAGACCAUACACAGAGUGCCUACUGUGUUGAUGCUCACAACUGCGAUCAACAAUAACGAUCACCGACGACUUUGGGCCACCCCUGGGUGGCUACCGGAAGAAAUUGGCGUCAUAGUAGAUAAUGGCCAAUUCUUUUGUUUCGAGGGUGAAGACUUAAAGUUGCAUCUGCAGCGAGGAAUACAUAACAUUACAGUUUAUUCGUUAACCGGUUUAGCCGUGAACAUUGAAGGUGGCCAACAACAGAGGUCUCAUCUUGUGGCCAUGGCAAACAUCGCACACUCCGCUCCAACAGCUCCUGGUCAGAGCCAGUGGUAUCUUUUCAACGAUUUCCAUGUCAAGCCGAUUACACCUCAGGAGGCACUGACAUUCAAUACAUCAUGGAAGACACCGUCCGUCAUUACAUAUCAAGUGAAGUCUGCCAACAACCAGCUCGAUUCUACUUGGAAGGACAAUUUAGACUCUAGAUUGCUCUACUUGGACCUUCAGGCCGAUCGAGCAGAUAAAACGUAUCAAACAUUAGAUAGGCAGACUGAGCCAGCUGGGCCAAAUACAAUAGUCGCGAUAGAUACGGAAUUCGUGAAGAUUUCGCAACCGGAGGUGGAAAUGCAUUCAGACGGAGAUUCCAAAAUCAUCAGACCAACCGUACACGCUUUGGCCCGGACAUCUAUUGUGCGAGGUGGAGGUAUGGACGAAGGUGCCCCGUUUAUUGACGACUAUAUCACUAUCAAGGAGAAGGUGGUCGACUACCUAACGUCUUACUCCGGAAUUACUCCCGAGGAUUUGGACUUAACCAUGGCAAAGCAGAGAGGUCACAACCUCGUGCCGCUAAGGAUAGCAUAUAAAAAGAUAUGGAUCCUACUCAACCUCGGGUGCAAGUUCCUAGGCCACGGGCUAAAGCAGGAUUUCCGAGUAAUCAACAUCCACGUGCCAAAGGCGCAAGUAAUCGACACGAGUGACCUUUUCUUCAUCAAGGAGCGACUCAGGAAAUUAAGUUUGCAGUUCCUCGCACACACGUUACUGAAAGAAGAUAUCCAGCAAAGUACUCACGAUUCUAUUGAAGAUGCUAGAACUGCUUUGAAGUUAUACCGCAAGUACCAGGAAUUUGACGAGGCGGGAGUUCUCGAUACCAUGCUCCAAGAGAUCUAUGCGAAAGGCGUCGCCUCUAAUUUCAAGCCACCGGCUAGGGUAAGCCCAGGAGGGACUUUCUCCAGGACAGACACCCCGCCAGUUGAUGGAGCAGUUGGACCUACCACACCCUCUAGAAAGCCCGCCACUCUGAUACCUGGGACGCCAAUGUCCACUCCAGGAAAGAGGGGGGUGUACUUUUGAGACGGGCGCAACCAUAGUGAGAGAGCUAUGCAUUCUCAUUUACCAUGCAAUUCAGACACAAGUCCAGACUACGUCAUCCGAAAACGAUGCCAACGGUUCUCGUUCUUCGUAUGAUUUAUGAGGGAUGAUGGCAUGCAUAGUGGAGGAAUAGGAAAUGCAGAAAGAUAUAUAUAUUGCGCAGUGAUUAGCGCGCAUGGUCGAAUAUCAAUUACACUAGCGAUAGACUUGAAGCAAUUAUGUUCAAUGACAUUCACGAAAUGUUUCUUGUUGCCGUGACAACUUCUACU